CGAAAGGGGAAGAAACAAGCUAAAUCAAGCUAAUAAUACAUACCCAAUUCUCGAAUUCUCGUUCUUGAUUUUGUUCUUACAAUCCGCUUUGUGAGUCGGAUCAUUUGGUGGAUUUAUUGUCCAUCAAAUUGGUGCUCUCGUUGAGAGUUCGAUAAUCAUACUCAGAGGAAAUCCUCCACAGAGACGAUGGUGCAAACACGCAGUAACGCCAAUAUAGGUACCGGAGUUCCCCAGCAGGGGGAGAACAGCGCCACUGGAGGCCGGAAUCCUCCCAUCACCACGGGGGAGGCUGAGGCCCUCAUUCAGAGGGUUGGGAUCACAGCCGAACAAUUCAAGGAGGUACUGGCUGCACUUGCGCCCAACCGCGAGGUUGUGGUAGAAGAUGUGGCUGGGGGACCCACAGGCGGGAAGGCUGGACCUGCGGACUCCCAAGGGAAAAAGAAGAAAGUGAGGCGGUCCCAGAAGAAGAAGGCGACCAAGCCUAAUGGGAAGGCGGUGAUGGUGGAUGCGCUUUCCAGGCUGGACGAAGAGGACGAGUCGUCCUCCUUCGAGCGGAUGUCUGCUUUUGACCGUUUGGGAGAUCCCAAAUCAAAGAAACUUCGGACCUCUGCGUUCGAACGGUUGCAAGACACUCGGUCGGCCCGAAAGGGCGACUUGAGGGACACGCUCAAGGAGAAAAGAGGGGAGUCCACAGUGACCUCCAAGAUCGGUCCUGAGGAGCGAUGGACGAUGGUCGAGGACAAGGGCGCAGCCGAGCUGUGGAGAAUGAGGAUAAUGUCUUGUCCUCUCCCGGAUAAUUUCAAAACUCCCCAAAUCAAGGCAUACAACGGGACGACUGAUCCCCAGGACCACCUCGCUCGCUUCGGGGCAAAUGUGGUCAUGUAUGCGUACCCAGAAGAAAUCAAGUGUCGAUGUUUCCUGGCGACACUGGAAGGGCAGGCUUGUGAGUGGUUUCACAAGUUACCCAACGGGUCGAUAGAUAAGUGGAGCGACCUGGCCCACAAGUUCUUGGAGCACUUCGCAUCCAGCCGGAGACAAAAGCUCCCCUUCUCGCAUUUGCUCAAUGUGAAGAUCCGGGAGGGGGAACAGCUCCGGGAGUUCAUUAAUAGAGAUGUUGGCCAGGGCGAAGUACCUGGCGUUGAAGAAGAAGAAGAUGAGCCACCAGUCCGGAAGGAGAAGAAAAGCGGGCCGCCGGUGGCAGAAGGAAAGAAAAGGAAGGACUAUGGUAAGGGGCCGAACCCCACCGGGUAUCACGCGAACAGGCAUCCUGUUCAUGCGGUACAGUCGUUGCCUGCCCCUCCUCAUAGUUGGGAAAGCUAUGGUGUGCAAGAUGCACCCAAAUACUGCGAGUACCACCGUAACAGCACCCAUAACACGUCGGAGUGCGUUACGUUGAAGAAGGAGAUGGAUCAGCUGAUCGCUAGAGGGCUGCCUCCUUGGUCGAAGCGACCGUCCUCAAGUAACCGGACCUGGAGGAGGCCGCCGGCCCCCACGGCAGCGAUCACAGCAGGAGAAGGGCAAGAAGAUGGACGGCAGUAUCUAGGGCGAGAAUGUGACGAUCUAGAUGAGGAGGAAAGGCAAGGUUGCCGACACCUGGGGUGUCGGUUCAUCAUGGGAGGAAACACCGGAGGAGAUUCGUUGUCCUCCCGGAAGAAGUGGAAGAACAUGGUGUACCUAGCCGAGGUACAAAGGCCGCCGCUGCCUAAGCGGAAGAAGAAGGAACCUCUGAUCUUUACAGACGAGGAUUAUCCCCCAGUCCUCAGCCCUCACAGGGACGCUCUAGUGAUAAAGGUAGAGAUCAAUAAUGUGGUUGUUCACCGAACUUUGGUCGAUACGGGCAGCUCGGUCAACGUUAUGUACAGCAACACCUUUAAGGAGUUGGGGUUGUCCCGAAGCGACCUGAAACCAAUCCAUACGCCGCUAUCAGGGUUUACAGGGGAUACUAUCGAGGCUGAAGGAACUAUCACGGUAAAGGUCGGGGUAGGAGAUGGCACCCACCGACUCUGGGUCGACAUGGAAUUUAUGGUAGUGCAGCUCGACUGUGCACACCAUCUGAUUCUAGGACGACCAGGGUUGGAGGACCUGGAGUGCGUAAUCUCCCCCGUCCACUUGUGCCUAAAGUUCAACACUCCCACAAGGGUGGGGAUAGCAAAGGGAAACCAAAGCCUGUCACGGUCGUGCUACGUUAGGGCGACCAAGAGCCAAGUCCGGGUCGACGAGAAUGUGAGUACGAUCUGCGCUGCAAUCCAGAAGGAGGAGGGGCGACCACGAGCUGAACCGGCGGAGGAGGUCGAAGAAGUUUCUUUGGACCCGGUCGAACCAGAGCGGAAGGUGAAGGUAGGUAAAACCUUACCGCUUGAAUUAAAGGAGCAGUUAUUGGAGGUCCUCCAAGCAUUCAAGGUGCUAUUCGCUUGGGGACCAGAGGAUAUGCCAGGGGUCGACCCAAAAAUCAUUUGCCAUAGAUUGGCAGUGGAUCCGACCCACAAGCCGGUCAAACAGAAGAAGCGUUUCCUUUCCUCAGAACGGAGAGAGUUUGUCACCAAGCAGAUAGAGUUUAAGCCACGACCGGCGAUAAAGGGGCAGGCGUUGGCAGAUUUCGUGGUAGAGUGCACAGCAAGAGAGGUGGAGUCUAGUGGAAAAGAACCCGAAGGGAGCUGGUGGACGGUGUACGCUGAUGGUUCGUCCACGACUGAUGCUUCCGGAGGAGGCGUCGUGGCGAUAUCACCGGAAGGGUUCAAAGCAUACUACUCCGUUAGAUUCCGGUUUAAAGUCUCAAACAAUGAGGCUGAAUACGAGGCUCUGCUUUGCGGUUUGAGGCUAGCAGCUUCAUUAAAAGCUGAACGAGUUCGAGUCCGGUGCGAUUCCAAGCUAAUAGUAGGUCAUGUCACUGGAGAGUUUGAGGCCAAGGAUGAGCGAAUGAAGAAGUAUAGAGACAUCGCCCGGGAAUUGCUCAAAGCGUUUGGAGCGUACCGGAUAGAGCAGGUACCUCGUGAAGAGAAUGCUGAGGCGGACAUCUUGUCAAAGCUGGGCCCAGAUUCCCCAGAUCAUAUCAAGGCAAUGGCCCAAGAAGAAGAAUUGCUCGAACCAAGCAUCAGUCUCGGACAAGUAUUGGUCAUCACACUCAAGGAGCCAGCGGAUUGGAUUGAUGAGAUUACCAUGUACCUCCUUGAUGGGUCGCUACCUACCGACCCAGUCACGGCGAAAGUGGUAAAACGGCGUGCACCCAGUUACACGCUGGAGUGCGGUCGAUUAUACAAGCGGUCGUAUAAUGGGAACAACACAUACCUGGUGGUCGCGAUCGACUACUUUACUAAGUGGGUUGAGGCCGCUCCCGUGCCGACCAUUACUGCAGAACAGAUGACGAAGUUCGUUUCCAAGCAAAUCUUGUGCCGAUUUGGGGUGCCCCAGCAGAUCAUCACCGACAAUGGAACCCAAUUCGAGGCCAGAGGGUUCAAUGAGUUUCUACAGAGCUGGGGCAUAAAGCACAACUAUGCAGCGGUCGGGUACCCUCAAACCAAUGGGCAGGUCGAGAACACUAAUCGAACUAUCGUGGACGGUGAAACUCCUUUCUCGCUCACAUAUGGAUUUGAAGCAAGGGCUCCAGCGGAAACCUCUUUGUUGAGUUAUAGAGUGGAGACGUUUGAUGAUCAAGAAAUUGAAGAGAACUUGAGGGCAGAAUUGCACCUCAUUGAUGAGCGUAGGGAAAGGGCAUACAUGCGGGCAGAAAACUACCGCCGGCAGGUCAAGUCAUAUCACGACCAACGGGUGCGACCAAGGCAGUUCAAGAUGGGCGACUGGGUCCUUCGAAAGAGGGAGGUCAGCCGGCCGACCGACGGGGGAAAGUUUGCUAAAAGCUUCGAAGGGCCAUAUAUCAUAACGGAGGUGUUGGCUGAUGGGACGUUUAGGUUGUAGACUCCAGCCGGUGGCGACGUUCCGCGAGCAUGGAAUGCCGCCAACCUUAUAAAAUUUUAUCAAUAGAUUGUAUUCCAGCCAUGUUUCUUUCUUGAAGUUUAAUAAAACCAGCUUUCUGGCACAUCUUGUC